CUCGGCGCCCGGCGACUGCGACUCGGCCAUUUUCUUCUGGCGUUUCGACGAGUGCGGACGAGUCAGUAAAGGUGAGCCGUGAACACGUUCUCAGUAAGCAUUUUUUCCCCUUUUUACAUUGAAUUAUUACGUGGACUUCUUCUGGAACAAUGAGUUUCGCGUUACAAAUUUAAUUAAUCGGUUCGGCAAUAUAAGCGGGAGAGAAAAAAUGAGCGAAUCCGCCGAAAAUGCUAUAUCGAACGCGGGCCACGUGGCGAAGCGUCUCACGCCGGAGGAGAUCGAUAGAAUGCGGGCGCAGGAUUCUCGCUUGGUGUCCGAGUUUCGCGCGAAUCAGCUCGAGAGAGACGCGAAAAAGCACUGGGAUUUGUUUUACAAGCGAAACGAUACCAGAUUCUUCAAAGAUAGACACUGGACCACGCGGGAAUUCGAGGAGUUGCUCGGUUUGGGCGGCAACGGGAAUCAAAAUGUCCUCCUCGAGGUGGGCUGCGGGGUCGGCAAUUUCGUUUAUCCCCUGAUAGAAGACGGAUUGAAAUUUCGGCGAAUAUUCGCGUGCGAUUUAUCCACGAGGGCGAUCGAGUUGCUCAAGAGUCAUACGUUAUUCCACCCGGGAACAAUAAAAGCUUUUCAAGCGGAUGUUACGUUAGAAAAUUGUUUCAACGAAAUUGAUUGUCCAGUCGAUGUUGCAACUCUGAUCUUUGCAUUGUCGGCUAUUCAUCCUGAUAAAUUUCACAAAGUUGCCCAAAAUAUAUACAACGUCCUUGGUAGCGGGGGAAUCUUGCUCUUUAGAGAUUACGGAUUGUACGAUAUGGCACAAUUACGUUUCAAACCUGGGCACAAGAUUAGCGAGAAUCUCUAUAUGCGACAAGAUGGAACCAGGAGUUAUUAUUUCUCUGUCGAACAAGUAGCAUAUCUAUUUGAAUCUAUCGGUUUUCAAACAUUGGAUUGUGGCUACGUACAGAGACGUACAGUAAAUUUAAAGGAAAAUAUUGAUGUUCCGAGAAUCUUUGUACAGGCAAAGUUCAAGAAAUCUUGAUUGCAUAAUAAUGAAGUGAUUACUGCAAUUCAGUAACAUUUAUGAUAAAUUGUAUGAGGAAAAUUUUAAUUCUCAACGACUUAGCGAUGUACAACAGAAAUAUAUAAGUGGCUCAGUCGACAUCCAAGACAUCUCGGAUGAUAAGUUGAGGAAACUGGAGUAUUUUCUAAAUAUAUGACAUCUUGGAUGAUAAGUUGAGGAAAAAGGAGUACCUUCUAAAUAUAUGAAAAAAGUUUGGAUGUUGCAUGGCUUCAUGUAAGAAGAUUGAUUCGCAAUCAGAUCUCGAGUUCGACUUCGUUUUCAUCACAUGUUUUGAUUUAUAAAAGAUCGAUUAAAGAGUUAUGAAAAAAUGAGAUGCUUGUUUGAGGAACUUUUUGAGGAACAAUAAAUUGUCACAUAUUGCUGAAGAAAUGACGAUUCUAAAUAUGGAUAAUACUAGCACAAAUACAAAAUAAUAUAUAUGCAGGUUUAAUGUGCAGUAUGGCGUGGAUAUUGUGGAAACAUCAAACAUUUUUAUUAAGAUCUUGAAGUAUUUUUGUUUUAAUUUUAUAAAUAAACUUUUUAAUGCUAUGUA